UGGGAAUGUGGAGAAGGGACAGAACAUCUGUGCAUGGUUAUUAGAAAGCGAAUCAAGCCUUGUGCUUGACAGGUGAGGGGUGGAGGAGGAGGCACAGCAGCAGGUCUGUCUUGGGGUCUCCAUGGCUGGUUCCCCCUGUGACCCCCAAAGAGAUCUAGAGUCUCCACCUAUCCUGAGCACCAUCAUGUCAUCCUAGGAGCUUGGAAUGUGUUUGCUCCUUCCAAGGCAGCACAAUUGCCUCAGGUCUCCGCUCUUGACGCACACUGUCAACCUGCUACCACACCAGUGCGUUUCUCUGUGUUUUUCAUGUUGACUGAAGACCAAGAGGAAAAAGCACAGAAUCCCUAGGCUCCAGUCUUCCCAUGAGUAAGAGCAAAUGCUCCGUGGGACCCAUGGCCCCCGUGGUGGCCCCGGCUAAGGAGCCCAAUGCCAUGGGCCCCAGGGACGUGGAACUCAUCCUGGUCAAGGAGCAGAACGGGGUGCAGCUCACGAACUCCACGCUGAUCAACCCACCACGGAGCCCUGAGGAGGCCCAGGAGCGGGAGACCUGGGGCAAGAAGAUCGACUUUCUACUCUCGGUCAUCGGCUUUGCAGUGGACCUGGCCAAUGUCUGGAGGUUCCCCUACCUAUGCUACAAAAAUGGUGGAGGUGCCUUCCUGGUGCCCUACCUGCUCUUCAUGGUCAUUGCUGGGAUGCCGCUCUUCUACAUGGAGCUAGCCCUUGGGCAGUUCAACAGGGAAGGGGCUGCCGGCGUCUGGAAGAUCUGCCCCAUCCUGAAAGGCGUGGGCUUCACGGUCAUCCUCAUCUCGCUCUACGUGGGCUUCUUCUACAACGUCAUCAUCGCCUGGGCGCUGCACUACCUCUUCUCCUCCUUCUCCGCCGAGCUGCCCUGGGUGCACUGCAACAACUCCUGGAACAGCCCCAACUGCUCCGACGCCCGCACCAACGCCAACGCCAGCGCCAGCGCCAGCCCGGGCCCCAACGACACCUUCUGGACCACGCCCGCCGCCGAGUACUUUGAGCGCGGCGUGCUGCAUCUCCACGAGAGCCGUGGCAUCGAUGACCUGGGCCCUCCGCGGUGGCAGCUCACAGUCUGCCUGGUCCUGGUCAUUGUCCUGCUCUACUUCAGCCUGUGGAAGGGGGUGAAGACCUCGGGGAAGGUUGUGUGGAUCACAGCCACCAUGCCUUACGUGGUCCUCACCGCCCUGCUCCUGCGCGGUAUCACCCUCCCUGGGGCCCUGGACGGCAUCAGAGCCUACCUGAGCGUGGACUUCUACCGGCUCUGCGAGGCAUCUGUGAGUCACCCCCCGUGGACCCCAGACCUCGAGGGCUGUCAGGGGCAGGCCAUGAGCACCUACGUUCUGGCCCGGGAGUCCCACAAGCACUGGCAGGAACUUCUCUGUCCAGCAGUGCAGGCUGGCUGGCCCCCGCACUGUCGGGCCAGGCACCACACCCCAGUGCUGCCUCGCUGUCUCCCCUUUGCCACCUGCUGCCAGAAGGGUGCCCUUGAGUCCUGGAAAACUCCAUGCGGCUCAGCCGGCCGCUGCCGUUCCCCGUCCACCAACCCGCAGCGCUGCCUGCUCCGGGCCUCCUGGGCCUGCGCACAGGAAGAGGGCAGGAGUCCAGGGUGGCCCAGGUCGGGCCCUGCCGGGCUGCAGCAGGGCUGCCGAGCUCACCUGGAGAAGCAGCCCCUCCAGAGCGCCCUGCCCCCCCAGACACAGGAAAUGGAGAGUGAUGACUGGGAGAUUACAGGGCCGCAGCUCGGCUGCACCAACGGCCUGUCUUGUCCUUGCAGAGACGCCAUCGUCACCACCUCCAUCAACUCUCUGACCAGCUUCUCCUCCGGCUUCGUCGUCUUCUCCUUCCUGGGAUACAUGGCACAGAAGCACAACGUGCCCAUUGGGGACGUGGCCAAGGACGGGCCAGGGCUGAUUUUCAUCAUCUACCCUGAGGCGAUCGCAACCCUGCCCCUGUCCUCCGCCUGGGCGGUGGUCUUCUUCGCCAUGCUGCUCACCCUGGGGAUCGACAGUGCCAUGGGCGGCAUGGAGUCCGUGAUCACGGGGCUGGUCGACGAGUUCCCGCUGCUGCACCGGCACCGGGAGCUCUUCACGCUCGGCAUCGUGCUGGCCACCUUCCUGCUCUCGCUCUUCUGCGUCACCAACGGGGGCAUCUACGUCUUCACGCUGCUGGACCACUUUGCAGCCGGCACGUCCAUCCUCUUUGGAGUGCUCAUUGAAGCCAUCGGAGUGGCCUGGUUCUACGGUGUCCGGCAGUUCAGUGAGGACAUCAAGCAGAUGACGGGGCAGCGGCCCAGCCUGUACUGGCGUCUGUGUUGGAAGCUGGUCAGCCCCUGCUUCCUUCUGUUUGUGGUUGUGGUCAGCAUCGUGACCUUCAGGCCACCCCACUACGGAGCCUACGUCUUCCCUGCCUGGGCCAAUGCCCUGGGCUGGGUCAUUGCCACGUCCUCCAUGGCCAUGGUGCCCCUGUACGCAGUCUACAAGUUCUGCAGCCUGCCAGGGUCCUUCCGAGAGAAACUGGCCUACGCUAUCACGCCUGAGAAGGACCGCCCGCUGGUGGACCGAGGGGAGGUGCGCCAGUUCACGCUGCGCCAUUGGCUCCUGGUGUAAACGGAGCCCACGGAUGACCAGGGCAGUCCUCUUGCCACAGGGAGACAGAGGAGGGAGAUUGACGUUUCCAGAGAAAGAGGGCCACUCCCACCCCCACCUCUACUGAGAACGCAGCGCGAGGCUCCACCUCUGACUUCUCACCGCCCCACGCCCCGUCGAGGGCUCGCCCUGCGUCCUGCGUCCUGCGUCCUGCGUCCUGUGAGAACAGCAGAGAUCCUCGUGGUGAGGUUCCAGUCUGUCCCGUCUCUGCACAGGGGUCCACUGGCUGGCUCCUCCCCUGCGGCCACCCUGGAACACGACCUUGCUGUCACCCCUGCUCUGGGGAGAGGGACCCGGUGACUGUACAUACACGGUGUGGACCCCUGUGCUCACGAUAGCUGCCUGGGUCAUUUACUUUGCUCAGAUUUUAAAAGCCAAGUGUCCUGUUUGUCAAAGUGUGCAGAAGGAGAGUCGGGGAGACGCCGAGGCGCCACUCCUUUCCCGGGAGUGGCCAGGCUGGAUGUGAGCGCCCUGCCCA